AUGCUGAUCAUCGAAGCUUGCCAAGAGUUCUGCGUCCAUCGUGUGCAUCGUAUCAUCGUUCGCGAACCACAAACUGGUGAUAUUCUGUAUCUUCUCACUAUCAAGAGGGUGCUCCAGGCGAUACACAAACAAAACCGAUCCUUACAUUUUGCUCAGUGGCUAAGCUGUCCGAUCAAAGACUCUGGAGUUGGAACCUGGGACAGCGCCAUACACUCCGUGUCCGUGAGCGAUUCAUUGGAUGAUGUGGCAUCGAAAUUGCUUUCACAGAAGCUGUCAUCGCUUCCGGUUGUGAAUGCUGAAGGAGAAACAUGUGAUGUAGUCACGAAAGCUGACAUUGCCACGGCUCUCAUGGAGUCGCCUAAUCCCCAGGUGAGAGAAAACAAAUAGUG